CUCAGUGCAGCUGGAGAUGGCGGCGCUGCUGAGAGGUGUGCGGGCUGGAAGGGCACUACGGGGGCUGGCUGGUGUGGUGACUUCACCAGCAGCAACAAACCCCCAGUGCAGCGGUCUGAGACGUGGCUUCCACUGCGCAGCGUUGAGGCUUCAGGAUGAAUCCAAAUCCGACAAACCCUCCUCAUCUUCUUCAUCCACCACCUACCACGAGCACUACCGGGCUCACUCUGCCGAACAGGACACGACAGCGGAGGCAUCCCAGGGACAGUCAGCGUCCGACCCUGAGGUAGAGGAGGGUGCCAGGCCGAACACCAGUUACCAGGACCAGAGCGGGGAGCAGAAUGAGGAGUAUGAAACAGAGGAGCAACUGCAAGCUCGGAUCCUGACGGCUGCUCUGGAGUUCGUCCCACAGCAUGGCUGGUCGAUGGAAGCCAUAGCAGCCGGUGCUGAGACACUGGGCCUGUCCUCUGCUUCCACUGGUAUGUUCUACAACGGCUCUGGAGACUUGGUUCUUCAUUUCAUCGCCCACUGCAACUCCCAGCUGACAGAGAUCAUGGCUGAACAACACAAACAGAUCCAACUGGGCCAAGCCGAAUCAAAGCAGACUGCUGACUUUCUAAGAGAUGCUGUAGAGACCAGACUGAGGAUGUAUAUCCCUUACAUAGAGACAUGGCCGCAGGCCAUGAGUCUGCUGCUCCUUCCUCACAACAUCCCCGACAGCCUGAAGCACCUCUCCACCAUGGUGGACGACAUCUGGUACUACGCUGGAGACCGGUCCACAGACAUGAACUGGUACACGAAAAGAGCAGCACUGACAGGCAUCUUUAACACCACAGAGCUUGUGAUGGUUCAGGAUUCCUCCCCAGACUUCCAGGACACCUGGAAUUUCCUUGACAACCGCAUUCAGGAUGUAGUCAACAUGGCCAGCACCGCCAAACAGGUGCAGUCGACUGGUGAAACAAUGGUGCAGGGGCUUAUGGGAGCUGCUGUAACACUGAAGAACCUCACAGGUUUGAACCAGAGACGAUGAUGUAAAACAUCUACCCCCCAAACUGAUCCGACCAUUGCAUCUGUGUCACAAACUCAAGAUCAAUUUUCUUUUUUCGCUUUUCUUUCUGAAUAACUGUGUGAGGUUGAAAGUGUUGGAUCAUGGCUUUCAUUUUGUCAGGGGAGGCUAUGUCUUGUUUUGUUUCACUGUCCAAGAUUUCCCUCUCCUGCUCAGAUCAAUUUUUCCUUUGUAUAAGAGGAGUCAAGGAUCAGUUAUUUUGCUGUCAGGUCGAUCAAGACUUCAAUAAAGUAGUUAUUAUAUAUUUA